AUGAAAGGGAAAUCGCUGGUGAGUUCAAGGAUUGACAGGAUCGAGAUCGUGAACGCCAAGCUCCUCGACUACAAAACGAGAAGUAUGGAGGGAGUCAGGAAGAUGCUGGCGGCCAAGGCCGCAGACAUGACUUCCACAUUAAUGAAGGAAACUUUUACGAUCUGGGCGGGCUGGGAGGUCAUGGAGUGGAAAAGAGACAAAGAGCUGCAGUCACAAAUGGAGAUGCUGAAUGACAAGUUAUCGAAUACCAAAGCGAUGCAGAAGAGGAAGUCAAGGGCGGUCCUGGCCCGCAUGAACGCCGACUCCGAGGGGGGCCUCGCCCACAUGAUGUUCUCUGCCUGGGUCGUCUUCCACCAGGAGUACCAGAAGGACGACAAAGCAAUGGAGGACGAGAUAAAGAAGAAGGAGCAGGCUAUCGCUGAGUUCUUGAAGAGCAAGAGCGACAGCGCCAGAAAGGUCCUCAUGGCAUCGAUGGGGGGCACCGACUCUGCGCUGCUGCAGAUGGCGAUGCAGGGAUGGACGGAGGCCUUGGCGGAGGCGAAGGAAGAGCAGCGCAUGGCGGACGCCCUGGAGGCGAAGCAGAAAAGAUUCACAACCUUCGGGUCCAAUGCCAAGUUGAACGGGAUGAACGCCUUGCAGAAGAGCACCUAUUACGCGGAGCAGGCGGUCAUCCUGAGGGUGUGGACGAAUUGGAGGAUACACGUGAGGAGCGAGGCAACCCUCAGACAAUACUCCCUCAAGAUCGACGCCAAGCGACGGCAACUCGUCGGCGUUCAGGAGAUGUUCCGUUCCUUCGCGAACGAGCUGGAGAGCGGGCUGAAGCGCGGCGCGGAGUCCACACGGGGCGAGAACGCCCCCGCGGUCCUGGCCGGCCGGGGCCUCCACAAGUCCGAGUCCACCGGCGCCCUGCCCGACAUCGGCUCCGGGCGCGGCGGCCCUGGGCGCAGGCCGCGCGGCCACGAGAAGGAGGCCAUGUCGCGGACCCAGGGGCACAGCAGGCAACAUCGUGCCGACGGCAGCGACCGCGACCGCAGGGAGCAUGUGCGACUUUCGGCCGGCCCCGUGGCGGACGCCGGCCUUGUCGCGCCCCGUGCCGCCUGGAGCUGA